AUGCGGGGACUGCUGGAGCGCGGUGAAUUCUUCGAAGGGAGCCCAGUUGAUAUGUUCCGGAAUCCGCGCUUGAUAGCGGCCCUCCUUGGGUUCGCAGUCGCCCAGCUCCUCAAGGUCUUCACCGGCGCCAUCAAGCAGCGCGGGCACAUCGACUGGCGGCGCGCGGCGCAGUCCGGCGGCAUGCCGAGCUCGCACUCGUCCCUGUGCUCCGCGCUCCUGGUCGCCGUCGCGCUGCACGCCGGCCCUGGGUCCGACGUCUUCGCCGUCGUGUUCGUGAUCAACAUGGUCGUGCUGUACGACGCGUGCCACGUGCGCCUCGAGGCCGGCAAGCACGGCGCGGCGCUCAACCGCAUCGAAGCGCACCUGAAUCUCGGACCGACUGGCAACCGGAGUCAGGGGCAGGGCGUGGACGGGAUCGACGUGGAGAUGGGGGGCGCCGGCGCGCUGUCUCGCGCGCGCGAGGGCGCCGCAACGCCCCGGGGCCUUUUCAAGGAGGUGUUGGGACACACCCCCCUGGAGGUGUUGGCCGGGUGGGGCGUCGGCGUCGUCGUCGGCACCGCCGUGCACGCCACCGCGUGGGGCUCCAGCUAG